UGCAAUUUCCAAUGUUGCAUGUAUUGGAAAUGAAACGAAUAUUCUCAACUGCACUCACAAUGACAUCCCAACAGAAGAAGUCGGUCUAAUCUGUAUACAGCAAACAGAAUGUGAGAACAAUCAAGUGCGGAUUCUAGAUACCAUGGGGAACAAUGCAACAGAGGGUCUUGUGGAGAUUUGUGUUGGUGGUCGAUGGGGUACUGUUUGUGGCACUAGCCGGGACAACAGGGAUGCAAGUAUUGUGUGUCAACAACUUGGGCUGGAAACUUCAACUCCCAUGGUUCUAAGCAUCAACUCGAUGCCAUUGCCCGCUGAAGUUCCAAUAGUGUUUGACGAUGUUCAGUGCACCGGAGAUGAAAAUCAAUUGGCUGACUGUUCCCGAGCUACACAUGUCGAGGGUUGCACUCACAACUUAGAUGCUGGUGUGAAUUGUACAACUGGAAAUGGUGCUUCUGUAACACAAGUGUCCACACUUGUUCUACUGAUCAUGGCUGUUGGCUGCAUAUGGAGUAUGUGACUGAGACCUUGAACCCAUUGCAUGGACCGUAUAGCUACUGUAAUAGAAAAAUACUUUUUUAACAC